UUAUACCAAGGCUUCUAUAUAAUGUGGCCAAACAUUAUGAUUCAUGCAAAGAUUUGAUAAAUACAUUGCCAAUUUUACAGCUUUUUGUAACACAUCUCCCGUUGGCAGAUUGCAAAAAUAUUGAUAUUUUUUUCCACUUAAUCUCUUGCCCAGUAUUGUUCCAACUAAACACACAAUCCGCAAUUAUGUCUAAUAAUUAUAUUGGGAACGUCGAGGAUAGACAAAAAUUGAAAAACAGUAUAAGCUCCCUAUACAAUUUCAUUGGAAGUGAUAGAAGAUUGAAGAAUGCAGAUAUUUUAAAAGUUAUUAACGAGUUUUUUGAUUGGAUUUCAAGUGGAUUUAUUAAAAGUUUCAAUAGAAAUCAAAGUGAUCAAAUAGAGUCAUUGCACUUAACAAUUUUGAAAGAACUAAGGAGUUCGGAAGAUACAACUAUUCUUUCUGAGGUCAUUCAAAAUAUUCCAAAAGUCUUACAAGUAUUCACAAGCAAAGAUGCCAUACUUAAUGACAUAUUGAUGCCCCUAUUGACAACAAAAAAUAUCAUAGCUCAACAAUUGAUCUCCAAAAUUAUGCCUCUGAUUUUGUGCACAACAUUUAGUGAUUUUACUAAAAUAAUAACCACGGAAUCGAUCCGAAUAAUUUGUAACAGAUGCAAUAGGAAUUUUGAAAAUGUGGAAAAUGACACGAGUUCUGUGGAAAUAAUAUUUUCGAAAAUUAAAAUUGAUAUUUCAAGUGUUACUAUUGUCUUCCUUAAAACCAUUAUAAAUUAUUUGAUAAGUCAAAAAGAAGAUGUUAAGAUGGCGGCUUUGGAGUCGAUGCCCAGCUUUACACAACAUGUAGCAAAAUUUUACACACCUGAUGUGGCGAAAAUUUGGAUAGAAAGGGCUGGAGAUGAUAGAGUGGAGGUCCGAAGGGGAUUCGCUUCCGUUAUACGCAAAACAAUGUCUAACGGACAGAAUAAUCCAGAUAUAUCCGAAGACAUAAAAAAUCAAGUCCUCGAAGUAAUUUUUACAGUUCUAAUGAGGUUAUCAAAAAAAUCUCUUAAAUAUUCAGAAUGCGAACUCCAAGACACUUUACUGGACACUGUUGAUGAAAUUGCUCAAAUUGAAAAUAAUCAAAUCAAAUUGGAGUGCAUUAAAAUCAUGACUUAUUUCAUAAUGGUACCAACGUCAUUUCACCGCUUUAUUGCUGCCAAUAGAUGCUCCAAUUUGUCAAUAAAGGAUGGAGCUGGGUUGUUGAUGGUUUAUAGACAAAACUCCGAAAUAAUAUGUGAACUUAUAGCUCAUCUUUGCUAUAUAAAUCAAGAUUUAAUCAAAGCUACCUUGCAACAAUCUGUAGACAGGAUUUCGGCAGUAUUAGGCUUUGAUGGCGGUAAAGAAUUUGUAACAAAAGAAGCCAAAAAGCUACUGCCUUAUUUAGUAGCAAAAUCAGUAAAAACUCCAAAAGUUAGUCAACUCAUUGAAGAGAUCGCAAACAUAAUGGGCAUAGAACUAUCUGAAUUGUUAACUAGUAAUUAUGGGCAUGUAUUUUUGUACUUAUAUCUCGGAAAUAAGGAACAAAUUGACACUAACAAAUGCUUAACUUAUAUGGAAACCAAAACGAAUCGGAAAGGACCGAUAUUGAGAAAAAUUAAUAUAAGGGUUAUUCUUAAUCAAUUACUAUUAAAUUUCCACGAAAAACGUGAGAACGUUCUGGAAGCUUUCCAAUUAUUAAUGGAAGAAAAUAAUAAUCAAGCAACAUCGAUCGAGGAUUAUUUGCAACCCUAUUUUUUGCCGUUCCUGUUAUACUUUGAUUUAGAAUUAACUUCUGAUUAUUCAAAAAAAGCAAAUAUUUUACUAAGCCUAGCAGAUGUACUGACAUUCUUAGGCCCCAACAGAAUAACACCUUUGAGAUUUAAAAUUAUUAACAUGUUGCAGACAUCUCAUUACUUGAAAUAUCCUGAAUUAACUUGCCAAGUUUGGGAUGCAUUCAUUCAUAGCUGUGAAAUUGAUUGUUUGGGACCCCAUUUGGCCACAAUAUUCACUUCUUUGCUUCCCCUUAUUGCAACGUGCCCUGGUAAUGUUAACAGAAUAUUCCGAUACCUUAUUGUCGACAAUGAAAAUAGUCUAAAAGAAUAUAUUACGGACCUAUUUUUUGUCAACAAUCCUUAUUUAACAUCUAAUGUACUAGUUGUAAUAAAAAAAUAUCUCAAAGCUACAGAAAAUUUAACAUUCAAAGAAAAAAUUCAAAGAUACUUGAAAUAUUUGAAAUAUGACACUCUGGAAGUCCAGAUUCAGAGUCUAAGACGGCUUAAAAGCUACUUAGAACAGAAUCGGGAAGAAUUGGAUGAAAUGAUCUUGGGAUAUAAUGGCAUUGACACUUCUAUUGUGGAAUUAAUUGAUUAUCUGACAUUGGGUUGCAGAGAAAAGAAUGUAACUUUGAAAUUAGCUUGUGGGGAACUUUUUGGAGAAUUGGGGGCUAUAGAACCAAGCCAUUUACCAAGACGAUAUGCCCAUAAUAAUCAGUCAUUUAUAUUUUUUAUAAAUGAUGAUGCUUUUAUAGAAGGUGCAUUGAAUGAACUAAUCAAAGCAUUUCAAACUGAUAAAAAUGCCAAGAAUACAGAUAGAGUAGCCCUGGCUAUCCAGGAAAUUCUAAAAACCUAUGAGAUUUCCCCAGACAAAGACAGUAAAAGGAAUUUUAUGUGGAACAAAUUUCCCGAGUCCCAUAGAGAAGUUAUGACGCCUUUACUAUCAUCAAAAUACAUUUGUGUGGAAAAUUUUAAUGGCUAUCCCUGUCCAUUGUAUGGUAGUAGUGAUGGAUCUAGUUUUCAAGCAUGGCUACACAAUUGGACGUCAAGUUUGAUAAGUACAUUCCCAGUAGACGAGCAGACCCUCUUGCAAAGCUGUUUUCCAAGUAUGAAAUUAGACAAGCGUGUGCUCAUGCAUUUUUUGCCUUAUAUCUUGCUAAAUACUUUGUUAAAGGAGAAUGAUGAUGAAGGAAAGGGGUAUAUUGAAUUUAAGGCAGUUCUAAAUAGUUUUCAUGCAAAGAGAAGUGUUGAUGACAACAUUCUAAAUAUGAGUCCGUUACUGAAAUCAGGGAAAUCGCCCACAGCAAGUGAAGUCACUCCCAAAGAGGAUAAGCAAAUCGAAUGCACCAAAGUAGUUUUUAUUUUACUCGAUUUCCUGGACAGGUGGCUGAGAGAAUGGCAAUGGCUUAAGGGCACUAGUGCAGGCACUGAUAUAAACUACAAGGCGAUUCAAAGAUUCUUAGCAAAAUUUUGUAAAUUAGAAUUGGCAAAGUGUAAUUACAAGUGUGGGGAAUAUCCCAGAGCCCUUAUGUAUCUGGAAUACUAUAUCACAGAAAAUCCUGACCAAAUUUCAGCCAAUUUACAAUUCUUAGGAGAGAUUUAUGCUCAAUUGGAUGAACCAGAUGGAGUAUUGGGCUUAGAACCGCUACAACAAGGUGAACCUUCUUUAGAACAAACCCUUUUAUCUUUGGAAGUAUCAGGGAAAUUGAACGAUGCCGCUGCCAUUUAUGAACAUAUGCCUAAACCUUUAAAGCUACAACACAUAAAGGGCCUACUUCACUGUUACCUCGGUUUGGAUAAAAUAAAUUCUGCACUAUAUUGUGCAGAAGGUGCACUGAAAUUGCAACCGGAAAUGGAAAAUAUGUUUUUGGAAAUGCAGGCUGAAGCUUUAUGGAGAUUGGGCAGCUAUGAUGAAUUGGAAAAUUUGCUAAAAAAACUCGAUAUAGACCAAAAUAGGGACUGGGGAAUUCAAGUUGGCAAAACUUUGGUGUGUAUUCAGAAAGGGGAAAGAGACGAAUUCAAAAAAGUUCUACAGUCAAUCAAAAGACAACUGGUUGAUGGUUUUGGAGCUGCUACAUUAGAAGAAGGCGCUUACCAGCACGGUUACAGCUACAUAGCCCACUUACAUUGCCUCAAUGAGCUAGAACAGCUAGAAAAGUCACUUUUCGACCUUCUUAUAAAACCGAAUGACCAAAAAUAUGCAGAAUCAGUUAUUGAUAAGUUAGCCAACGAAUGGCGAUUGCGAAUUAAAGUGGUUCAAGAAAGUGUCAGAGUUGUGGAACCUCUUUUAUGCGUGAGAAGAGUAGCUUUGAAUUUAGGUAGGAUCGUCGCUGAAAAGAAGGCUCCUCUGGCAUUACCUUUUUUUAAUAAGUUACUGGGAGAAACAUGGCAGCAGAGUGUAAAGGCUGCCAGAAACGCAGGAGUUCAUCAGCAAGCGUACACUUACGUUUUGGAUGCAGAAAAAUACAAUCCUCCGACACUUUUUAUUGAAAAGGCUAAACUUCACUGGUUGAGGGAAGAACACAAGGAUGCUAUAAUUACAUUAAAACGAGGACUAAAUGCCUUUAUUCCAGAUAAUUUAAAAAAUCCAGAAACUCAAGAAGCGAUUGCAAGGUUGAGCUUGGAACAAAAGAAGCUUUGUGCUGAAGCCAAGCUUUUAAUAGCAACCUAUAAUAAUGAUAUAUGCAGUGUCGAUGUGGAAACUAAUCUCAUGCAAUAUAAAGAGGCAGUUGAAGUUUAUAAAGAAUGGGAGAAAAGUAAUGUUUGCUUGGCGCAAUACCAAGACCGCAUAUUCCAAAACUACUCGGACACAGAAAAAGACACCAAAGGCAGUGAACUUCAACUUCACAUAAUGCAUAACUUUGGAAAAUCCCUAUAUUAUGGCACAACCUUUAUUCACCAGUCCAUGCCUAGAUUAUUGUCAAUAUGGUUCGACUAUAGCACAAGACUACUGGACGUUACGGGUAAUCCAUUAAAAGAAGAACGUCAACUGAUUCUAGUGAAAAUGACCAAGAUUAUUGAUAGUUUUUUGAACAAGUUACCUGCUUUUGUUUUUCUCACAUCAUUUUCACAAAUUAUAUCAAGAAUAGCCCAUCCCCAGAAGGAGGUGUACGGACAGAUAAAGAAUAUCAUUAUUAAAUUGAUGCAACAUUAUCCACAGCAAUGUUUGUGGAUGAUUAGUUCUGUUAUCAAGUCAAGUUAUCCAAUAAGAGCAAAAAGAUGUGCUGACAUUUUGAACGACGUUCGACUUAGGUCUCAAACCAGUUUAGUAAAAGAUUUCACAAGCUUGGCUGAAAAAUUAAUUGAAUUGUGCAACAAAGAAAUACCCACUGAUGUAAACUCUACUACUGUGAGUUUAUUGGUUCGGUCAUUACCAAGGUUGUUAAACAAACAGGACUUUAGCGAAAUAAUGAUGCCCACUCAUAAAUUUAGAAAGCUGAUUUUACCUAAUCCUGAUUUCAAAAAUACCCAACACAAUCCAUUCCCAAAUUACUAUGUACACAUUGUUGGCAUUGAUGAUAAUAUAAGCGUUUUAACAAGUUUGCAACGACCAAGAAAAAUAGGUUUGAGAGGAUCUGACGGAAAAAGCUACACUUUUAUGUUGAAGCCAAAAGAUGACUUGCGCAAAGAUUUUAGAUUAAUGGAAUUCAAUGAUAUAGUUAAUCAUUUAUUACUCAGAGAUGCUGAAGCAAGACAACGUAGAUUAAAUAUUAGACUUUAUUCUGUGGCUCCUUUGAACGAAGAGUGUGGUUUGAUAGAGUGGGUUAAUGAUUUGGUAGGCUUGAGGCCCGUAUUAAUGAAUAUUUAUAGACAGAAAGGAUUGGGAAUGCGACCACGAGAAGUAAAAGAAGUCUGUUGCAAUUUGAGAGAUCCGUUAGCAAAGAAAAAAGAAAUAUUCAAUAAUGUUUUACUGAAACUGCACCCGCCAGUCUUGGGAGAGUGGUUUAGGAAAACAUUUCCUGAUGCACAAACAUGGUUAACAGCGAGGACAGGAUACAUUAGGACUACUGCAGUUAUUUCAAUAACCGGGUAUAUGUUGGGAUUGGGCGACAGACACGGCGAAAAUAUUUUGUUAGAUUCUACAUGCGGUGAUGUUGUACAUGUUGAUUUUAACUGCCUAUUCAACAAAGGAGAAUCAUUUGAAUGGCCUGAACGAGUUCCUUUUAGACUCACUCAGAAUAUGAUCGCAGCAAUGGGUCCUUUAGGGGUGGAAGGCGUUUUCAGAAAGGCUUGUGAAUUCACUUUGAGAGUCCUAAGGACCAAUACGGCUACCCUGAUGUCUAUUGUAACACCUUUUGUUUACGAUCCUUUGGUUUCUUGGCCGAGAAAUAAUCCUUCUGUCGCACAUAAUUCCGAAAGAGUCAAUGAACAGGCCUUUGAAUAUAUAAAGAACAUCGAGUUUAGACUGCAAGGAAAAGUGAAAACAAAAAGUAGGACAAUGUCUCAAUGUCUAUCUAUAGAAGGACAGGUCAAUUAUCUGAUCAAUGAAGCCAAGAGUGUGGACAAUUUAUGUCAGAUGUACAUUGGUUGGGGUCCCUACCUGUGA